GUUGUAGUAUUUCAUACACAUUAUUGAUUCAUCUCUACGCAUUUAAGCAUUCAUAUAAAUUAUCAUCUUGUCCUUCUUGCUUUUCUGUUAUCAUUCUCUCUUUCUUGCUUUUGUGUUGAUAUGUCUAAAGAAGAAGUGAAUUUGUCUGUGAAUGUAAAUGGUCAGUCUAAAGUGCCUCCAGGGUUUCGGUUCCACCCUACCGAAGAAGAGCUUCUUCAUUACUACUUAAGGAAGAAAGUCGCGUAUGAAAAGAUCGAUCUUGAUGUUAUUCGUGAUAUUGAUCUUAACAAGCUCGAACCAUGGGAUAUCAAAGAAAAGUGCAGAAUUGGAUCAACCCCGCAAAACGAUUGGUAUUUUUUUAGCCACAAAGACAAGAAAUACCCGACUGGAACGCGUACAAAUCGUGCAACUGCUGCAGGUUUUUGGAAAGCCACCGGUCGAGAUAAGGUCAUUUAUAGUAGCAUGAGAAGAAUCGGUAUGAGGAAGACACUCGUGUUCUAUAAAGGAAGAGCACCUCAUGGACAAAAGUCGGAUUGGAUUAUGCACGAAUAUAGACUCGAUGACAACACGAUUAUCUCCCAGGAUUAUGCCUCAGGUUCUAAUUUAUGUGAUUCCACUCAAGAAGACGGGUGGGUCGUAUGUCGCGUUUUUAAAAAGAAAAACUACCAUAAAGCGGUUGAGAGUCCCCAAAGGUCAUCAUCAGCACCUUCCAUUGAUUCAACAGCUCAAAUGCAAUCUUUAAAGAAAGAUGGAACUCAACUUCUUGCAUACAUCAAUGGUACUAAAUCCUGCAAGCAAGAAACCGAAUCACUCGCCAAUAUAGCAACCACCCAUGACUAUGACCCUUUGCAACAAUUCAUCAACCCGAUAAGCGACAGAUUCCUACACCUCCCAAGGCUCCACAACACUUCAAGUGACUUGAUCACGUCAGCCACCUUUGAUCAAGAUUCAAUCUUUCCGGCCCAUAACACCAUGACCCAUUUGCUAACGGAAGUUGAACACUCUAGGAAUCAUGAACAUCUUGAGAACUGGUCAGAUGUGGAUCGACUCGUGGCCUCCCAACUCAAUGGCCAACCGCGAUCAUCCAGGCAGAUGUACGGUUGCUACGACGAACCCAAUGAAGACAUAUGCUUCCCACUUCACCAUGAUGAUCAGCAAGAACCACCACAACCAUCAUCCAUGGCUAAACCCAACCAAGCAGCCUAUACAAGCGAGAUAGAUAUAUGGAGCUUUGCACAAUCUUCAUCACAAUCAUCAUCACCGGAUCCAUUUUACCAUUUGUCGGUAUAGUUCACAUAAGUAAUAUACUUUUUACUUUAUGGAAAAUACAGAUGGAAUAAACUGUUAUAUAUACUUGGAUGUAUAUAUAUAUUAGCUGGGUGGGUUAUGGAUCUUGAUGUGAAGUGAAAGGUCAUGACUUAUGAAUGUAUUGUGUUUGAUGGAAACAUUGUAGCAAAAGACAUUCUUUAUCCUUAUCGUAAACCUACAAGAACAUG